UUGGAGCGUCAAACUUCAGCAGCUUCAGCCUUGAGGAUACUGCACCAAGUACCCAUUACAGAAAUGGGAAAGCUUUUGUUUCCUUCGAUCUCACCUGCAUCGAAUUGGGUGCUGGAAUUGCUCACUUGAAUACUCCUCUCUCAGGUAACAUCCAAAUUUGAAAGCAACUUGAGAAACCCCCAAUUCAUGCUUUAGUUUCUGAGAGUUCUGCAAUACCCAAUUACUAUAAUGUUGAAAAGACCAAAACUUUGGCAUCCUCUGACCAAAAAGUUGCAAUCUUUGAUCAACCCUCACUGUUUUGGGGUUUUCUCAGCUGGGUAUGUUAAGUGUAGCAAUGAGAAUGAUUCAGAGAAUGAGUGGGAGAGGUUGCUUAAGCCAUUUGACCUCAAUGAGCUUAGGAAAUCACUCGUGCAAAUCACCCCAGUACAGCUUUGUAAGUUACUUGAACUCCCACUUGAUGUGCCCACAUCAAUGGAGAUAUUCGAAACGGUGGGUGCCCAGAGAGGGUAUAGCCAUUCAUUUGAUGUGUAUUUUGUGUUGAUUGAUAAGCUUGGCGCGGCGGGGGAGUUUAAGGUCAUAGAGAGGCUGUUGAUGCAGAUUAAAGAUGAAGGGAUGGUUUUUAGGGAGUCUAUUUUCAUUAUGAUUAUGAGACAUUAUGGCAGAGCAGGCUUGCCGGGUCAAGCAACCAGGCUGCUUCUUGAUAUGAGAGGGGUUUAUUGUUUUGAACCUACUUUUAAGUCUUAUAAUGCUGUUUUGGAUGUACUGGUGGCUGGGAAUUGCCCCAAGGUUGCACCUAAUGUGUUCUAUGACAUGUUGAGUAGGGGUCUCUCUCCUAAUGUUUUCACAUUUGCGGUGGUUCUGAAGGCGCUUUGUAUGGAAAAUGAGGUGGAUUCUGCAUGCUCGCUUCUUAGAGAUAUGACGAAGCAUGGAUGUGUGCCGAAUUCUGUGGUUUACCAGACCCUUAUACAUGCCCUUUGCAGAAAUGAGCGACUCAAUGAAGCAUUGAGACUUUUGGAGGAAAUGUUCUUGAUGGGUUGCACUCCUGAUGUUCGGACUUUUAAUGAUAUCAUACAUGGUCUCUGCAAGGUCAAUCGGAUUCAGGAAGCAGCGAAGUUGGUUGAUCGGAUGCUAUUGCGGGGUUUUACUCCUGAUGAGAUCAGUUAUGGAGUUCUGUUGAAUGGAUUAUGUCGGACAGGGCAAGUUGAUGAAGCAAGGGCAUUGAUAAACAAAGUGCCGAGCCCGAAUACUGUACAUUUUAAUACCUUAAUCAAUGGUUAUGUUACCAGUGGACGCUUUGAUGAAGCCAAAGUGGUCUACGGUGACUUCAUGCUGGCUAACGGCUGUGACCUUGAUGUUUAUACAUUUAAUAUUCUGAUUCGUGGACUUUGCAAGAAGGGCAGUUUGGCUUCCGCUCGUGAAUUGAUCAGUGAGAUGGAAACUAAGGGCUGCAAGCCCAAUGUGAUAACUUACACGAUAUUGGCGGAUGGAUUAUGCAAGGAAGGUCAACUGCAGGAAGCUGGUGAUGUUUUAAAAGAGAUGUCAUACAAGGGAUUUGGUAUGAAUAUUGUGGGAUACAAUUCUCUAUUAUCUGCUCUCUGCAAGGAGGGGAAGGUCCAUGAAGCUUUGAAGUUGUUUCGUGAAAUAACAAGCAAUGGAUGUAAGGCAGAUAUAUUUACUUUUAAUUCUUUGAUAUUUGGAUUGUGCAAGGUUGAUAGGAUGGAAGAGGCAUUGAGAUUGUACCGAGAUAUGUUACAGGAGGGUGUUAUUGCUAACACUGUAACAUAUAACACAUUAAUUCAUGGUUAUCUCACUGGAGGUGCGAUCCAAGAAGCACUGAAACUUGUGAAUGAAAUGGUAUCUAGAAGAUGCCCUCUUGACAAAAUAACCUAUAAUGGGUUAGUAAAAGCACUCUGCAGAGCUGGGGCCAUUGAAAAAGCAAGGGGAUUGUUUGAAGAAAUGAUGAGGACAGAACUUCACCCAGAUGGUAUCUCAUGCAAUAUUUUGAUUAAUGGCAUUUGUAGAAGUGGCAAAGUACAUGAAGCCCUUGAUUUUCUAAGGGAUAUGAUUCAUCGUGGUUUAGUGCCCGACAUAGUAACUUAUAAUAGCCUGAUAAAUGGCCUAUGCAAGAUAGGACACAUUUGGGAAGCUUUGAAUCUCUUCGACAAAUUACAGGCUGAAGGUGUAUGUCCUGAUGCUAUUACAUAUAACACUUUGAUCAGUUGGCAUUGCAAAGAAGGCAAGAUUGAUGAUGCUUGUUUGCUUCUACAUAGAGGUGUGACUAAUGGAUUCAUACCAAAUCAUGUGACUUGGUAUAUCUUGGUCAGCAACCUGUCUAAAGAAAGAGUUUAUGCGCAUCAGGGAUUUAUUUAAAUCUAUCUCCAGAGUGCACUAAGGAUUCUCAUGGUAUUUCUGAAAGCAUUAAUGCUGAUUGUGAUUAGAGGCGGAGAUGAAGACCAACGUUUUGAUUUGUUGUUGGUGGUACUCCUAUUUUCGGCGCUUUUGAAAUAUUUUGAGAACUUUGCGCCUGCCAGUUUGAUUUGGUGGUUGAUGAUUGGGGAUAAAUGCGGGUGGAUUUCUGGAAUACGCAUCGAGUUUUCUUCUGGUUGAGGCAGAACAAUCAUAUAAUGCUUGGAAAUACUGUUAGAGGUAAAUAUAAUCAUCCAAGUAUUUCAUAAUGUCUAGUCAUUUAUAAUAGCCUGAUAAAUGGUCUAUUGCAAAAUAGGACACAUUUGGGAAGCUUUUAAUCUAUGACAAAUUAAAAGCUGAAGGGGUAUGUCUUGAUGCUGUUGCUUAAUUAUAACAUUUUGAUCAGCAUUACCAAUUAAUGAUGCUUGUUUGCUUCAACAUAGAGGUGGGACUAAUGGAUAUAUACCAAAUCAUGUGACUUGGUAUAUCUUUGUCAGCAACUGUCUAACAAAAGAGGUUACGGACAUCAAGGCUAUAUUUAAUCCUAGUUUAUCUUUCCCCGGAUCGCAGUAAGGAUUGUCAUGGUAUUUCUGAAAGGUCUUAUGUUGAUGGUGAUUGGAGGUGGAAAUGAAGGCACAAGUGGUGAUCUUUGUUGGUGAUACUACUAUUUAUGGUGCUUUUGAAAUAUUUGAAGGAAUUUGCGCCUGCAAGUUUGAUUUGUUGGUUGGUGAUUGGGGAUGAAUCUAGCCGGCUCUUUGGAACACUCAGUUGUGUUACUGGUGGAGCUGAUUGUUUGACCUAUAUGCUAUGUUGUGGGUUCAAGUUAAGCGCUUUGCUUAGCUAGAAGCAUGCCCAUCAGAUAAGGUACGUGCAUGUGAAGCGAACUGUUGCAUAUAAUCCUUUAGCCUGGAUCAGUUUGAGUUAUAUCCAUGAAUUAUUGGACAUAAAUAGCUGGGUAUAUAGAACAGAUGUAUUUAACUGUGUGCUCUCCAUUUUGUGGAGGUACAUAUAGCAUAUCAGUUCAAAAGUGUAUUGAAGUUUGACACUUGCAAGUGAAAUGGUGAAUGAAAUAUAUGAACAUCAAUUUUUACUAUUACUCUGAGUAGCAGGCUGUUCCAGGUUGUUUAAUCUGGCAAUUUGAUAAGAAGGGACUCUACUACUAUGAGUGCGUAUAAGGUUGCUUUUGUUAAUCUUCAUUUUCAACUUAGUUCUGCUAUUAGCAUUUGACCUCACGUUUGGGCUGCUAAAAUACUGGAAAGGUAAAACUUCAUGUUUGAGAGAUGUGGUCUUUUUUCCGCCUUACUGCUACUCAACUUCGUAGUGGUCUGAGUACCAAUUUCGGUUGGCUGUCUUUUCUGCAAUUCUGAGGUAGACACUACUCCUAUGCGUACCAAUCAUGAUUGCUACUUCAUAUGUGAUGUUAGUAGAUUAGCUCUGGCCUGUGUUAAAUUCUAUUUGCCCCUCAAUUCUCUCUGUUGGAGUGGUUAUCUAUUGGUUAGUCAUCUCUAUCUUCUUUCGAUUUUGCUCUUUUGUUGAUGUUGACGAGCUUUGUCAUUGCUGCACUCCUUUACUUCUGUUCAGUAUACAAAGCCAUCAAAGCAGCGCGGGUAUCAGGGGGUUCGGACUCCUGCUGCUCGGACAAUCAAAUAGUCAAUGCAGCUUUGAUCCGAAUCACUCACAUUAUGACGUCUUUGGUUGCUGAGGCCUUGGGUGUGCACACUGGCUUGUACUAUCAUUGAGG